AUGACCUUCAACACCACAUUGAACCAAAAGCUUGAGAAUUACCACUUGAUUCUUGGAUCAACUUCACCAAGACGACAGGAAAUACUAUCUGAAAAUCUUGGGAUUAGCAAGUUCACUACUGUAGCAUCUAAUUUCCCUGAAGAUCUAGACAAGAGCCAGCUACGUCCAUUGGAAUAUGUACAACUAACUAGUCGCAAAAAAGCCGAAGCAAUAUAUGAAGCUCACAGAAGCACUUUCCAACAAGACGCAUUGAUUCUCACUUGCGAUACAAUAGUUACCUGUAAUGGUGGGAUAUUUGAAAAGCCCAUGACUCGUGCCGAGCAGGCCAAAUUUUUUGACUAUUUUGGUCUUCAUAAAGAUAUUGAGGUCAUAUCAGCAGCAACUGUGAUCAAGAUCAAGGCUGGAAAUGCUACUGAAUACAAAGAUCAUGCAACUACCAGGCUUUCUUUUCUGAGUGGUAACGACGACAUCAUUCGUGCAUAUAUUGAAAGUGGUGAGGGACUAGAAGUGGCUGGUGGAUUCAAAUACCAACAAUUGGGCUGUUUAUUAUUUAAUGAGAUAUCUGGCGACUACUACAAUGUUGUUGGAUUGCCUACCAAUACGUAUGCCCUUUUGCUGAAGGCAGUUGAUUGA